AUGGGUGACGCGAAGCCGUUGGUGCUAAUCCCGAUGCCCAGCCGCGACCGCGACCUGCUCGUGCCGACCGCCGCCGUCGCCACGCAUGCGUCCCCGUCCGCCCGCAGCGUCGCUGAUUCCGACGACGACGAGAGCAAGCCCUCCUCUGCCUCCGCUGCCGCGCAGACCGGCAGCGAGGCGUUCCAUAAGGUUGUGCAUAGCUGGGCGUCCAAGAAGUUCAUGACCGGAUGCUGUAUUACUGUGAAAAGAUGGCAUUUUAAGCUUUAA